UGCUAGUUUUCUUCGUGGACUAACUGCACUGAAGAGACUAAAGAUGAUUCCUUUCUUACCUAUAGCUUCUCUACUUUUGCUGGCUGUUGUUAACCCUGCAAAUGCCAAUGGUCAUUAUGACAAGAUUUUGGCUCACAGUAGGAUCAGGGGCCGAGACCAAGGCCCAAAUGUCUGUGCCCUGCAACAGAUUUUGGGCACCAAAAAGAAGUACUUCAGCACUUGUAGGAAUUGGUAUCAAGGUGCCAUUUGUGGAAAGAAAACGACUGUGUUAUAUGAAUGUUGCCCUGGGUAUAUGAGAAUGGAAGGAAUGAAAGGCUGCCCAGCAGUUAUGCCAAUUGACCAUGUUUAUGGCACUCUGGGCAUUGUGGGCACCACCACAACACAGCACUACUCUGAUGUCUCAAAACUAAGGGAAGAGAUUGAAGGAAAGGGGUCAUUCACUUACUUCGCACCGAGUAAUGAAGCUUGGGACAACCUGGAUUCUGAUAUUCGUAGGGGUUUGGAGAAUAAUGUAAAUGUUGAAUUACUGAAUGCUUUACACAGUCACAUGAUUAAUAAGAGGAUGCUAACCAAGGACUUAAAAAACGGCAUGAUUAUUCCUUCAAUGUAUAACAAUUUGGGACUUUUCAUUAACCAUUAUCCUAAUGGGGUGGUCACUGUUAACUGUGCUCGAAUCAUCCAUGGGAACCAGAUUGCAACAAAUGGUGUUGUACAUGUCAUUGACCGAGUCCUUACACAGAUUGGUACCUCAAUUCAGGACUUCAUUGAAGCAGAAGAUGACCUCUCUUCUUUCAGGGCAGCUGCCAUCACAUCUGAUAUACUGGAGAGCCUUGGAAGAGAUGGCCACUUCACACUAUUUGCUCCCACCAAUGAGGCCUUUGAGAAACUUCCUCGUGGUGUACUAGAGAGAAUCAUGGGAGACAAACUAGCCUCUGAAGCUCUCAUGAAAUACCACAUUUUAAACACUCUCCAGUGUUCUGAGGCAAUUAUGGGAGGAGCAGUCUUUGAGACCCUCGAAGGAAACACUAUUGAGAUAGGAUGCGAUGGUGACAGUAUAACAGUAAAUGGAAUCAAAAUGGUGAACAAGAAAGAUAUUGUUACAAAUAAUGGUGUUAUCCAUUUGAUUGAUCAGGUCCUAAUUCCUGAUUCUGCCAAACAAGUUAUUGAGCUGGCUGGAAAUCAGCAAACCACUUUCACAGACCUGGUGGCCCAGUUAGGUCUGGCAUCUGCUCUGAAGCCUGAUGGAGAAUAUACUCUGCUAGCACCUGUGAAUAAUGCAUUUUCUGAUGAUACUCUGAGUAUGGACCAGCGCCUUCUGAAGCUAAUUCUGCAGAAUCACAUACUGAAAGUAAAAGUUGGCCUCAAUGAGCUUUACAAUGGACAAAUCCUUGAAACAAUUGGAGGCAAACAACUAAGAGUGUUCGUCUACCGCACAGCUGUCUGCAUUGAAAAUUCAUGCAUGGUGAGAGGAAGCAAACAAGGGAGAAAUGGUGCCAUUCAUAUAUUCCGUGAGAUCAUCAAACCUGCAGAGAAAUCCCUCCAUGAAAAAUUAAAACAGGAUAAGCGCUUUAGCAUCUUCCUCAGCUUACUUGAAGCUGCAGAUUUGAAAGAGCUCCUGACACAACCUGGAGACUGGACCUUAUUUGUGCCAACCAAUGAUGCCUUCAAGGGCAUGACUAGUGAAGAAAAGGAAAUUCUGAUUCGAGACAAAAAUGCUCUUCAAAAUAUCAUCCUUUAUCACCUGACACCUGGUGUUUUCAUUGGAAAGGGGUUUGAACCUGGUGUCACCAACAUUCUAAAGACCUCACAAGGAAGCAAAAUCUACCUGAAAGGAGUAAAUGAUACACUUCUAGUGAAUGAAUUGAAAUCGAAAGAAUCUGACAUCAUGACAACAAAUGGUGUUAUUCAUGUUGUAGAUAAACUCCUCUAUCCAGCAGACACACCAGUCGGAAAUGAUCAACUGUUGGAAAUACUUAACAAACUGAUCAAAUACAUCCAAAUUAAGUAUGUUCGUGGUAGUACCUUCAAAGAAAUCCCUAUGACUGUUUACACAACUAAAAUUAUAACAAAAGUUGUGGAACCAAAAAUUAAAGUGAUUGAAGGCAGUCUUCACCCUAUUAUCAAAUCUGAAGAGCCAAUUAUUAAAAAAUACACCAAAAUAAUUGAAGGAUUGCCUGUAGAAGUAACUGAAGAGACAAGGGAAGAACGAAUCAUUACAGGUCCUGGAAUAAAAUAUACUAGGAUUUCUACUGAUGAGGGAGACACAGAAGAAACUCUGAAGAGACUGUUGCAGGAAGAGGUCACCAAGGUCACAAAAUUCAUUGAAGGUGGUGAUGGUCAUUUAUUUGAAGAUGAAGAAAUUAAAAGACUGCUCCAGGGAGACACACCUGUGAGGAAGAUUCAAGCUAAUAGAAGAGUUCAAGGAUCUAGAAGACGAUCAAGGGAAAGUCGUUCUCAGUGAAAAAUCCAGAAACCAGACAAUCAACUUUCUACAUACCUAAAUGAAUAACCUGUUAUUAAAGAAAAUUUAUGAGAGCCACUUGGGUUUCCAGAAAUAAAUCAUCAACACACACGCAGUCCUGGAAUAGUUCCGCAAACAAAUUUUAACAUGUUUUUCUGAAUGAGACUCAGGAGAGAAAUUGUAGGUUAGUUUCCUAUGGGAAAGGAACUGAGGGAAAUAGAGUACUGUGCAGGCUUUUACAUCUUGUCAUUAAAAGUUCUGGCUAACUUUACUGUUUAUCAAAGAAAACCUUUGUCAUCAGAUUCACUAUAAUUUAAAUCUGAGCUGUGAGCCAUUAGAUCACUGAAAAAUAUUGAGCCUUGAAUUUAUGUAAUGGGUAAAUAAAAUGCAUGCAAGCAGUUACCUCUCCAUGGGAAGCUAAGUUAUAAAAAAACAGGGGGGUGCUCUGUAUAAAAUAACAAAACAAAACAAAAACUUUUAUAUGAGAAGGCUUUGCACACUUCUUAUACAACGUUGGUUUACCAGUAAAUUAUGUUAUUUCUACAACUAAUUUUUGUACUCUUGAAAUCUUUGUCAUAUGCUUCUUGCAAUACAUAUUUUUAUCUCAAACAUUUCAAUAAAACCAUUUUUCAGGUAUAAAGAGAAUUACUUCAAACCGGGUAAUUCAGAAAACUCAAGGUUUAAGUUAACACGCAGGUUGGACUUGGGAACAUGACUUUAUACCUCUUUUUAAUAUUACUCAUUAAAGAAAAUUGAAAGGA